AAAUCAAUUAUGCCCUAGAACUUCAAUCACGUUCACAGAAAUAUGCCCAAGAGACGUGAAUAAAAAGAAAAGCUACAAAGAUGAGAUCAUGAAUGAAAUAAUUAAAGCAAUCAACGCGCUGUUAAACACAGACGGUGGACUGAUUCAGCUUCUGUUCAAAAGUAUAUCGACGAGAAAACAGCUUGAUUCUUGCGUUAGGACCAUAGAACAAAAGGUGGACGACCUAAUAGGAACUGUGUCUUUGGUUUCCGUAGUAAAAUUUAAAGCGAAUCCCAAUGAAAUUCUCGUCGAAGUGAAGAAAGCCGAAGGACCGUUUGUUGUCAAUUAUAAUUUGUACGUUUCAACCAAAUCUCAGGUCAAAGCGAUUCCGUCAUCACAGCCUAUUGGUAUGGUAAGAAAACUGUUAAACAACAGCCAGUGUAAACCAGUCAAGAAACUAUUUACUCCUGGGUCCUUUUAUGCAGAUUUUGUCCAAAAUCAACGCGUCAAUUUCGAUGAAGAUGUUAACAUCCAAUGGAAAAAUCUCAAAUCCGAGGAAUCCGAAGGCACGCACACCACCCUCACUUUGGCUGAUCGUAUCACAGGAAUGACAAGAAUAUAAAGGAUUUUAACAAGCUCUGUGAAAUAUCCAUGAGAAAGUUUCCUGGGAGUUGCGCUGAGUUGGUGGUAGCAGCAGAGAGGGCCGCAAUCGCGUGUAAGAAUAACGAAUUCGCAGAAGCAAGAGGCUACCUUAAUGACUUUUCCACUGCAAUACAAGCUCCCGACGUGAAGGAUAUGACCUUUUUCGACGUAAGGGGACUUUGUUUGAGGAGCAGGAAUGAACGUGCUGAGGGAGAUCAUGAAAAAAGCUACCAAACAGCGAAAGAGGGUUUGCAAAUGAUGCAGUCUAUUCCACCCGAGUUUCUUACAGUAUGGUUCUAUAUUCAUGCUGCUGCUGUAACCUCUAUUUUGGCAAGCAAAGAGACUGAUCCUCAAAGAUACAAUGAUCUUGCAAAUGAAAAUCAAGCAUAUCUCCAGGCUGCUCUGAGAGACGCAAAUACACUUGACCAAGAUCAAUAUCCAAGAAGUACUGCUGAUCUCAAGCAAAAGGCGCACAUCUACUCGGCAAUGGCACACUUAGGGUGUUCUCUAAGCGGGGAACCCUUAGAACAGGGCAUCGUGACUAAGUCUGACAUCGACUUGGCUGCAUCGGAACUGAAGGCGGUCCAAGGCUCGAUCCUUGAUGGAAUCAAGCCUACGCAUUUCCAAGAAAUCGAAAUUUUACUAGCGCAAUCUGAUUUGAGUUAUAAGCGCUCCACACUUUCACGAUGCCCAGCUGGGGAGAGGCAGGCCCUCACAUGGGCUUUCGAGUACGGAAAAAAAGCACAACGUAUGGCUUUAGACCUCGAUUUCAAAGAGGCAGUUCAUUAUGCAAACAGGCGUUUAUCUCGUCUCACAGAACUGCUACUUCGUAACGCUUUCGCGUCUCGUUCAAGUCGAGCGUCAAAAAGCGACUUAGAAGCUUUAAUUGAUUUCUAAUAUUCUAAUAGGCUAGAAUAUUGCAGAAUGCUAGUUACUCGAGAAAAAAUAAACAGAUUAAAAUGCUCUAAAGACGCCUGAUGUAUGAAACUUAUUACUUCUUUCAUUUGUACUUUUUGUACUCCUUUAUGGCUUUAUCAUGACUCUUAUGUACAAUUUUGGAUUAACUCGCGCUCGUACCUACAUGUAAACAUAUG